CCGACCUGCCUGACACAACCUGCAGGCCCCCACAGCAGUCAGGAAGAAAAGGGGACCAAAACCUGUACUGGGACUGACAGAACAAGACAGACAGACAGUGAGCCACAUGAAAAGAGUCUUGGUGGAUAGGACUGUGGAAAGCUGGAAAAGGAGACAGAGAAAUAAUUAAAGAAAACAAUUAAAGGACGCAAAGAAAGAUCAAGGUGUAAAGAUAUAAGAAGGCAGUAAAGCAAGGAUAUAGGAAGAAGGAAAGAAGAAGAGCUAUAAGAAGGUGCAAAGAUAUACUGUAAGAAGGAAGAUCAAGGUGUAAAGAUAUAGAAGGUGACAUCAAGCUCCAGAGGUCUGCAGAAGAGGAGGAAGAAGAAUAAAUCCCAUCGUUGAGGCAGUCACACAUCAGCCAUGGGUCGUGUGGUGGUGGCAGAUGACAGCCUGCAGGACAGCCUGACAGCCCUGGCCAAGGCGGGAACCUUCCAGCUGGGCCUGCUCAUAGGACAGAGCACCAGUGACAAGGACAUCAUCGUUCACCUGGCACCCACACCUGUGCCAGAUGAGGGUGAUCUUAGCUCUGAAGAAGAGGAGGCAGUGCCGCUGAAGCAGGAGCCCAACAGACCUAAGUACCCUGACUCAAUUCCCAAGGUGGUGGAGACGACAGUGUCCCAACAUGCCCGCCAGGUUGUGCGUAUGUUGCCGGGUGGCCUUGAUGUUAUUGGCGUGUAUGUGGUGACGCCACAAGCUGAUUUCACCACCUCAGCCAGCCAGACCAAACUGCGCCUCAUCCUCACAGCCACUCACAAAACUACUUCAAGAACCCUCCUGGAAACUGCCGAAGCAAGGACUGGAAAAGUUAUCCUUCAUGCAUGCACACAGUCUUUAAAAACUGUGUGCAAGACACUGGAUGUGUCUCCAUCAUCUACCAGCACACAGGAAAAUGCAGACCUAAAGUUCCAGCGUGGUGGCAGCAAGUGGCACCAGCUCAGCUACUCAUACAACAUAAACCUGAACCUUUGGCUCCCCAAGAACAAGCCAUCACAGUCCCUCUACAAAACCAUCAUAUCCCUCCUGAGACCAUGGGCCAAGAGUGUCACCCAGAGUCUGAUCCUCAUUGAUUCAGAGAUGCCAGACGACGAGGAUUCCCUAGACUCCAGCGUGGAGGACAAACCAACCAAGAAGAAAGGCGGCAACAGAGGCCUGAUGGAGCUGACGCCUCCCAAGGUGUUCAAGGUGGACAUCCUGGACCCCCUCACCCCCACCUUGUCCCCCAGCGGCCUCAAUGACAUAUCUGGGAACAUCAGGUUCUCGGGCACACUGGCCGGCCUCUCCUUUGUCCAUUCCAAGGCGACAGUGGGUGAGGCGCGGGCUGCAGUGAUGGUGGACUUGGUGCGGUCAGUCUUGGCUCGGUGGGAGAUGCACUGCGACUCCCUGGUGGAGGAGCCGCCCUCACCCAUCAGUGGCGCCAUCGUACAUGAGCCCCCCAGAAGGGUGUUCCUUGAAGGUGGUGGGUUGCCUGUGAGUCUGUGUGACUACCUCUUCCCUGGAGACUCCUGUGCUGACGCUUGCCAGUCUGCCAAGGAGUUGCUCGGCCUCAGGAUACGCAAGGAACACGUGGACGACUCACAGGAGACCCUGGCAGAUGCUUCAGAGGUGAUGUACAAUGCAGACAUCAGUGUGACUGGUGGUGAGGAAAUGGAGGUGCAGGGGUCCUCCAGGGAAGGGCCGUGCUCCACCACACACCUACUCCUGGCGCUGGCAGUGGCUGCCGUGGGCAUGGGUGUAUCCUUCGUUGCACUACAGAGUUCAAGUCCGUUAACUUAGGUCACGAUGGAGUAUAGGAUAAACAAUGUCACUGUAGCUGAAUUAUUGUUAUGGCUCCUACAUGGGAACCCUCAGUGUGUGAACCAACUAGUUUUAUAAUAAUUAUUGAGUUUCACAAAGCCUAUUAUUUUUGGGGGAGAGGGGAAUCUAAGAUAUUCCUCAAUGCUUUUUAUUUAGUCUACCUGGUUUAUUGUGCUACUGUCUGAGGGUUGUUGAACGCUGGUCAGUUCAGUCAUCGUGGUGUUUUUUGGUUCUAAUGCUGUAUGUGCUCUCUAUCAUGAGGAUUUAUUUUUUGUGUGCAUGUGACAAAUUCAAGGUGCAGGGAUGCAAAGGUGAAUACUUUCACAAUAUUGCUGUUGAUGAAGUUAUUUUCUCUUAUCAGUUCUCCAGGCUGUUAGGAUGCUUCAGUGAAAGCCUGUAUUAUGUGGUGGUGAUAGAAGUCUUUUUCUGUUUUCAUGCAUUGUUUAUAUAAGUCAUCAAGCACAGUUUGUAUUUAUCUAUGCCUUGAUCAGUAGUAUUAAUGUAUGUAUUUCAUCUUGCUGAAGUUUUCUCUGCAUUUUUAUACAGUUGUUGGAUUUUUCACUCUGGGUUUCUGCUAGCAAAAUUAGAGCAAGCCAUGGAAGAGAUGGUCAGUGUGUCACUGUGGGAUCAGCAGAAGAGUGCCAAACUGGGGAGCUCACAGGCCAAGAAGAUGCUAUACUGUGGGAAGUCUUAAAUUCAGUGCUGAAGAUUUUUCAUGAUUUACAGAAAUGGAGCAGUCCAGGGGUAGAAUUAAUAUAAAGAAAGACUUAAAUGUUGUUGCCAGAAAAAGGCAGCAAUGUUGUCUUAAUCACAGAUGUGGAGGUACAAGACUGUGGUUGUAAAAGGUACCUUUAUUUUUAUUAAUUAAAUGUUAGAAAACAAAGUUUAUGCAAUGGGGAGAGAGAGGACCCCCAUCACACCCUCCAUCACACCUUAAGUCAAAUAAAAUCAAAGAGUUUGUGCCUCCUUUUACCUUGGACACAUUCAUAUUUACACACACGAAAAAAAAAAAAAAAUUGUAGGUGCUAAUUCCACAUGUGCAUAAUAAUCUGGGGCAGUCUAUUUUUGAGUGGCCCUGAGCCAAAUAGGGAAUUUAAAUUUGCAAUUGAGGUGCUUUCAUUAUUACUAAUCAGCUGAGGUCAGAAGGUAUAUUUUUCAUGACUAAAUGUUUUAUGCUUUUAAAAGUUAGUGAUAUGUAUUCCCAGUCCUUCAACAUUUCCUGUGUUUCCUUGUCUUGGGGGGAGGGUGAAGAGCAGCUUGUUUUGGCCUGGCUCGGGGCCACUCACUGGGAAGGUUUUUGUACACACUAUAGCAAAGGUGAGGAUGGAACAUCAAUGUGAUAAUAUAGAUUUACUGUAAAAUAUUUCAAUUUUCACACCAGUGCAUUCAUUUCCUCAAUGUAAUUUUUUUUGUCAUAUACAUUAUAUGGCAAUUUAGAUUAUAGUAUUAGCCUUUU